UGAGAGAAAUUUGAGGGUAAUUUAUGAAGCAUUAACUGAUUUGCAACAAAAGAUAUUUCUUGAUAUUGCAUGUCUUUUUACUGGGAUGGAUAAAACAACUGUAUUUUACAUGUGGGAUGAUUGUGGCUAUCAUCCAGAAAAGGAAUUUAAUGUCCUUUUUCUCAUGUCUCUCGUAAAAGUGGAAAGAGAUACUAAUGAGCUGAGCAUACAUGAUCAGUUCAGAACUCUCGGUAGGAAAAUCGUCUAUGAAGAAAAGAUUUUGGGAAAUCGUAGUAGGUUAUAGAAACACGAGGAUUCCUUGGAUGUAUUGGAGGGACAGAGGGUAACAGAAAAGGUUGAAGCCCUAAGCCUUUCCUUUGAAUUGGGGUCUGGAAAGGAGCCUUGCUUUGAAAAUAUGGAAUUCGAAAAUCUAACAUCUCUAAGGUAUCUCCGAGCUGAUGGCAUAGAGCUUGUUGGGGAUUUUAUGGGUUUGUUUCCCAAAUUGAGAUGGCUUCGUUGGCGUGGUUGCCCUCCGCAUUUUAAACCAACCAAUUUUCAUUUGAUGAAUUUAGUUAUUCUUGAUCUAUCUGAUAGCGGAAUCACAGAAGACUGGGAGGGUUGGAAUCAAAUCAAGAUUGCAAAUAAGUUGAAAGUUCUAAUACUGGCUGAUUGUGCUUUAAGGAGAACUCCAGACUUUUCAUCAUACGCAACUCUAGAGAUAUUGAUUCUUCGACGCUGUAAAAAUUUGGUUGAAAUCGACUCCGUAGGUGAUCUGAAGAAUUUAAAAGUGCUGGACAUUCGUAUGCUGAGGGGAUAAGGAAGUUACCCAUUGAAAUUGAGGAUUUAGAGAAGUUACAGAAGUUGAAAGUGAUACGUUUUGAAACAUUGAAGUUAUCAUGAGUACAUUCCUAGUAAUAUGGGGGAUUCAUCGUCUUUAAGAUUAUUGAGCUUUUAUGAUACCAAAAUUCAAGUCCUACAUUGAGCAUUUGGGAGCCUUUUUUGCCUCCACAACCUUAAAUUGGGAGGCUGCAUAGAGUUUCAAUCUUAUACAGAGUCAAACUUGAGGAGUCUGGCAGUCAAUUUCAUCCUCCAUCUUAUAAUUUCUAAUUAAAUUAUGUGAGUUGCACUUUAUUAGGGGCUGUGAGCGUGUGGAUAUUCCUGGAAUUAUUUUGAAAAUUAUCCAAAUUGAGAAAUUAACGUUGGAUUCUACCAACACUAGGUAGGACCGUGCCAGAAGACAUUGGUGUCCUUUCUCAGCUGAAGGUGUUUUUUUAUGUAAAAUUCUGUCAUGGUCUUCAGUGUGUAUUCUGGUAACCCUUUAGUCUCUGUUUAAUUGUAAAUAUUGGAUCUGUCUGAUUUUGAAAAUUUUCUUCAAAUUCACUUAAAAGUUGCAUUAUGCUGACAUCUGCUCAAGGGCUUGGAAAUUUAGAAUCAUUGUCAAGGCUGGAUAUGAAGGUGUGCAACGUGCUAGUAACAUCUAUCUGCUUGAACAGUCAUCAUAUUUGCCGUCCUCGGAGAUGAGUGGUUGUGGAGACUUUGAGAAAAGGCUAGAUCUGUCAAACCAAAAGAAGCUGGAAGUAUUAUCUAUUACUGAUUACUCAGAACUCGAUAAGAUUCAAGGACUUGACAAAUUGGAAUGAUUGAAAUGUUUGUAUUUGCAUGGUUGCAAGAACUUACAUAUGAUUGAGGGCCUUGAGGAGGGUGUACAUCACUCAUUCAUUACACAGGUAUGGAUUUAUUUUAAAUAUUGGCUUUGAUGGAAUUAAUAUUUCUGGCAAUC